AGACUGGGAAAGGCAAUGUCCCUAAAAGCACUUGAAGUGAAUGGUGGUGGUGAUGGUUUUGAUUAUGAUGAUGAAGAGUGGCGCUAUGAAGGGUAUGAUGAUUCUGAUGAUGAUUAUUAUGGUUAUGAUGGUGACAGAGCGCAGCUGUCUGAGUUACACGGGACUGCAGUGGAUCAGGCCUUAGAGAGUAAGAAUGGACACCUGGACCUUUUCCUCAGAUUCCUUCUAGGCCUCUCUCUGGACUCCAUUCAGACUGUCUUAGGAACACUGCUGAUGCAGACAGGAAGCAGGUCACCUGUACCAGACCUACAGGCACAGACAGGAAGCAGAUCACAGAGCAUUAGGAAAACAGUCCAGUACAUUAAGAAGAGGAUCAGAGAGGAAUUUUCAGCAGAGAGGACCUUCAAUCUGUUCCACUGUCUCAGUGAACUGAAUGACAACUCUCUAGUGCAGGAAAUCCAGAAUUCACUGAGAUCAGGAAAACUUUCAGAUAUAAAGCUGGAACCACACCAGUGUUCAGCUCUGGCCUUUGUGUUACUGACGUCAGAGGAGGUCCUGGAUGAGUUUGACCUGAAGACCUACAACACAUCAGCAGCAGGUCAUCAGAGACUGCUACCAGUAGUCAGGAACUGCAGGAAGGCCAUACUGAGCAGCUGUCACCUCACAGAGCAGUCCUGUGAUAUUGUGGCCUCAGCUCUCCAGUCAUCAGACUCCCCUGUGAGAGAUCUGGACCUCAGCUGCAAUAACCUGGGAGAUUCAGGAGUGGAGCUAAUCUGUGCUGGACUGAUGAGUCCAAACUGUAAACUACAGAGACUAGGGUGAGUAGUGGUGUACUGUGUUACCUUAACUAAACAGAAUUUGUGCUUAUAGCUCACUGAAAUGUUCAAAGCUCUUUCUCUCUCAAUUAUUCUUCCUGGUCAAUGUAUAAUUCAUGAUUAGAAAACGAUACAAUGAAAUGAGUGCUCUGUACCCCUUUUUAUAUUUUAGUACAAGGCUAAAACAAUGCUAAGUUUGAUCUGGGGGAGAGAAUGUAUUGAAUGAAAUGUUUGUGUUUAAUUUUCUGUAACUGAUCCUGUCCAGUAUAUGAAGGUCAGUGAUGCUCUCUGAGCCUGGAUCAGUCAGCACAGGGACCCCUCGGGUUGUGUUAGCUGCCCCGUUUCAUUCACACCAGAUAAAAUGAGUGCACAAGCAGCCAACCUGGGAACUGUGUCAUCAAGCUCUCUUGGCCUAAUGCACAAGGGCAGUAGCCUAGUAGCAUAGCAUUCUGAAAUAGGCAGGUUUGUGCAAUGGUGUGACUCAAAGCAUCUGAUUUUAAAUGUGAAGAACACAGAAUACAGAAAUUAAUGUUUUUAA